UCUGGGAAGGUGGAUGUAAAUUACAAAAGUGCUAACCGCUAAAUACUUGCGCCACUGAAUCGACCUUGGUUACGAACUAUCGUUUGUUGAAGAAAGGAUACAGAUGAUUACUUGCAGCUGCAGAGUUGAUCGUGUUUGGAAAGCUGCUAAUACGUAUGUUUUGUCUAGGCCCUUAGACUCCUUUCAGAGGUGCAAUGCCUUUUCUGGGUUGACUUAUUAUGCCAUGAAUAUGGGUGGGUCAAACAAUGGCAGAAAUGUUAUGGACCCGCAUAAGAAGCGGAAAGGAGUGACUGCUGUAUGGAGGCCAGUCUCUACUCAAUCAAUCUCUUUUGAAGCAAAGGAUGUGAAUAUCGAGACGGGAGCUCAUUAUGUGGAGGUUGACUGCGAUGAAAAGUCAGAAGAUGGAGUUCAAGUUCAAAAGUUGGAUUGUUGCAGUUCUGCUCCUGUGUCAAGUGUUAAAGUUUUAAAGACUGAACGUGAAACAAUAAGUGAACUUGAUGAAUCAUCGACUUCUAGGUUAUAUUCAGCUCAGGAUGUAGCUCUGGAGGAAGACAGAGCAACACCUUCCACAACUGUAAAGGUGGAGCAUGUAGCUCUGGAGGAAGACAGUAAAAUGCCUUCUGUGACUGGAAGAGUGGAGUCCUUGUACCCGAGUCAGUUUAAUCCUAAUGAUACAGAGCCUGGUGAGACUAUAAACAAAGAACAAGUUAAAGAAGACAGAGCUCUCAAGUCAGAUCUAGAAGAGAAUGAAAGACAUUUAGUUACCAUUGAGGUUGCUUCCUCUCUGUUACGUUUCAUCAAAGGCAAAGGGGGAGCCACACAGAAACAAAUUGAGGGAGAAAUGGGAGUGAAAAUCAUACUUCCUUCAUUUAAGAAGGAUUCCAUUG